CAUCGCAUAUCGAUUUAAACUAGUGGGAAGGAAAGGACGACUUGCAUUCGCUAAAGACAGUUCUCAGUUGGUAAAGCUCAGCCAGCGAGGCAUUUUCCGCUACACUUCGGCACCCACUCACAUAUAUAUUAACAGAAAAUGAGCAUGGACAAGGAAGAAUUAGUACAGCGAGCCAAGUUGGCCGAACAGGCCGAGCGUUACGAUGACAUGGCGGCGGCCAUGAAAUCGGUAACAGAGACGGGCGUCGAGCUGUCCAACGAGGAACGGAACCUGUUGUCUGUGGCCUACAAGAAUGUAGUGGGUGCCCGGCGGAGUUCUUGGCGUGUCAUUUCGUCCAUUGAACAAAAAACUGAGGGAUCCGAGCGAAAGCAGCAAAUGGCCAAAGAAUACAGAGAAAAGGUCGAGAAGGAACUUCGCGAGAUCUGCUACGAUGUCUUGGGUCUGCUCGACAAAUUCCUGAUCCCUAAAGCCAGCAACCCUGAAUCCAAAGUCUUCUAUCUGAAGAUGAAAGGAGAUUAUUACCGAUAUUUGGCCGAAGUCGCAACCGGAGAUACCAGAAACGGCGUAGUGGACGACUCGCAGCGUUCCUACCAAGAAGCUUUUGAAGUGGCGCGCUCCAAGAUGCAACCAACCCAUCCAAUCCGGUUGGGUUUGGCCCUGAACUUUUCCGUGUUCUACUACGAGAUCCUAAACUCGCCCGAUCGGGCUUGUCAUCUGGCCAAGCAGGCUUUCGAUGACGCCAUAGCUGAGCUGGAUACUUUGAAUGAAGACUCCUACAAAGACUCUACAUUGAUCAUGCAGCUGCUUCGCGACAACUUAACCCUGUGGACAUCCGAUGCUCAGGGAGAUGGUGAUGAACAGCCCGAGGCUGAGAACAAUUAAGAGACGAAAAAUCCUUACCCCGCCUGUUUCUAUAAUCUUUAUCUAGAAAUCCUUUUCUUGGUCUACAUUUUUUUCCCCCUCCCCUCUUUCAUCUACCCACAUCAAAUUCUUCUGCUUGCGCUACUACAUUUUCCGCUACUUUUACAGUUAAUUAUUAUUAUUCGGUCAUUUGAAUCAAAAACACAUACACAAGACGAGGAGUGUCUGCAAAGAGCAUCCCAACCGAACAAGUCUGCGUCCCGUGGCGGACAAGUCCAUGCAAACAAAUUCUUUUGGGUUUUCAGUUUGGUUCCUCCCAACUCUCAUGCCCACUCUCCUCCGAUUCGUCUGUAAUUGCGAGAGUGUGUCGUAGUCAGAAGGACUUUGGAAGAGUUUCAUCCUACAUCAAUACCAAUUUUCCCUCCCUCUUAUUCAACUUACUGCAGAGAUCACAUCUUGUGCCGCUGUGCGACUUGUGUGUUGUAAUUUUGUUGAUAUGCACACUUUCUGUUGAACUUUCUUCCCAUUUUUUUUUUAUUUUUUCAGUGUUCCAUUUUUUGUAAACGAAAAAAAAGAAAGGUAUUCCCAGUAUCUCCCCACGCCCCUCAAUCAAGUAACAGACUCACUCAACUUACCUUUAUCUGUCUUCUUCCAAUCCUUUUCCUUUUGCAAAGUGUAUGUGUAAUCACGUCUUUGAAAAAAAAAUAAUGAAAGGCGCGUAUUAAAUCGCUCCUUCCGAUAAUA